UUUUAUUUGAAGUCCCAAAAUGAAGUCAAUCUGAACUGGACUCAAGUCUUUCGAAUCUUCGAAUAUAGCGAUUUGUGCUCAGAGAAUGGGUUCCAGUCACAAUGGAUUCCAGAUAAGGUCUCAAAAUUUAACAAAGAAACAGUUUUCACAUUCAAAAUAAACAGAUAAUCUGAAUCAAUUCCAAUAAUUUUGUUCGAGUUUUCUUCACUCAGAUCUAAAUAAUCACUAUCUCCAGAUACUCAAAAAUUGUUAUCAGUGGGAUUAAUGUCGUACGAUUUCACACGUUUCACUCUCAGCUCAUAAUCAAUCAUCAUAAUGCCUCCUCGAUGCACUGCAACAGGCUCUACAAAUUGAAUUUGGAAGUACAGGCUCUCCUUUAUAGAACUUGUUAGUACCUAAAUUUCCCAAUCAGCCUAUCCAAAACUCCAAAUUACUUACCUCAAAAAGGGAGUUAUAACUGCUAGAUCCAGAACUAAGCGACUUUAAAUACCGAAGUCCACUCCUCUCUUCCUGUGUCUUACAAACCUUUGAGGUUGUAAGACAAGUCAGAAAGCCAAGACACAGAACAAGGACCAUCAUUCUGGCUUUUGCUGUAUAUUUUUACUAAAAUCAAAAUUUUCAGAAAUUGAAGGCAACUAUAAAUUUUUUAAUUUUUAAAGAAGCCAUUUUGACCGGGAAAAUUAUUUUUUGAGGAUUUUGAGUGGGCGAGUUAAGAGAUUUAGAGGUUCUUGGAAGGCAGUAGAAGUGUUUUGGGAGGAGAAACCAGCAGAGAGGGUUUAGGGAGGUUUUCAGUAGGAAUUUUGGGGUUGAGGGAGUUUAAACAGAGAUGGAAGAAGCGCGAUAUGCAACUCGAUAGAAGAAAUCCUUAAGAGACGACAACCUAAGAACCUCUAAAACCACGGGCUUUGUCCAAGACCCGAAGCCUAUA